CAAAUAUCUUAACCAGAAUAAUUUCACUCCUCACCGGAAAACAUAAUUCCGGCCACCACCAAAACCUUCCUCUUUUCUUCUAAUUUAAUCUAUCAAACCUCUCCAUUAAUUUGACUAUUAUGGAAAUUAAAUAUACCGAAUACCUGAAUCAUACCAAGAUGACCCAACUCCAACCUUCAUCCGAAUCCAACGUAGUUUCAAACAGAGUUAUACGAAUUUCAGUCACAGACGGCGACGCCACAGACUCCUCCGGCGACGAAGAAGAUAACCGGUUAAUCACUUCCCGUCGUCGCAGGGUCAAAAGGUUCGUGAACGAAGUCAGCAUCGAAACUUACUCAAAACCCAUCUCGCCGGAGACUCGCCGGAGGAAAUCAGUUGUCAAGAAAAAUCAAUCGCCGGUUAAAAACCGGCUGAAGAUAAAGAAUACCCAGCAAGGAAAGAAAUAUCGCGGCGUAAGACAAAGACCUUGGGGGAAAUGGGCGGCUGAGAUUAGAGAUCCAUUUCGACGUGUACGGUUAUGGUUAGGCACUUACAAUACCGCCGAAGAAGCCGCCAUGGUUUACGACAGCGCCGCAAUUAAGCUACGCGGACCCCACGCGCAGACAAAUUUCUCAAUAACCGCCGCCGCCGCAGCCGUCGAAGAUGUCGUCCCUGCCGCCGUUACAUCUCCGACUUCAGUUUUCCGUUUUGGGUCGGAAGAUGAUUCGUCAAUAAACAUAGUACGAAACAAAGAAGAUGAAAAAUCUCUAUUAUGGGAUUUCACGGCGUUUGAUGAAACUCUGUUACAAGAAGAUAUGUUUUAUGGGUUAUCGGGUCGGGAUAACUGUUUGUGGGAAGACCCGAUAUUUUAUUCGACCGGCGAGUAUUUGAAUUUCGGGUCAUCGGCGGCGACAAUACCCGAGAAUGAUUAUUUAGAAUUUCAAGAAAUCGGCGAUUUAUUUUCAUCGGAUUCUUUUUUUGCUAUUUAGUAUGUAGUAGAAGGUUCUCGUCCUUGGUUUUGCCGAGAUUUUGUGC